CAAACCGGUAUACCUGCUAGCCUACUAGUCGCGUAUGUAGUUCUUUUACCCCGUUCGUUUCGCUAAGGUGGUCGUAGCGGCAUAGUCUAACAUAAGCUCAUGUACGGAUGGGAGCAGCUGACAGUGAACGAAAAUUAGUCGCAAUGUAAUCGUGUGGAAAAGUGCAAAAUAUAUUCAAAUUUAGUGCUAUAUCUCUCGAACCAAUUUACGAAUAUCUACGAACAAAACAUGAAGACUCCUGCAACGAUCCCCAUAAUACUCGGUCUAUCGCUUCUGAGUGUUGGGGGUGCCUGUGUAUAUGCGUUUUUGAAAAAGAAAAAGGAUGAUCAUAUUGAUGAUACAUCGAGCGAGGACGGGUUUUCUCAGAUUGCCAAACUAGUACGAAUGAUAAGUAGAGAAGAAAUCAAGGAGAUAGAAAUAACAUUAUCGAACACAGUUGUUCCACUUGUAAUCGGGCGGAAGAAUUGUACAUUGGAGCACAUACAGCACAGUACGAAAACUGAAAUCAAGUUUCGAAAAAAGGAUGAAUUGCACCAAGUGUGCGAAAUUCGAGGAUCAGAAUCCGGAGUACGAGAAGCAGAAGAAUUAAUCAUGAAAGAAGCUACUAGACAGAUUAUAUUCACAGAAGAAGUAUUAGUGCCACAGACUGCGUGUGGUAAAAUUUUGGGGAGAUUUGGUGACGCACUGCAAGAAAUCUGUAGAAAAUCGAUGGCAAAAGUAUGGAUCGAGGGAUCUCGAACUCUCGGUGAAAACCGUCGCAUUAUGAUUACGGGAACGCAAGAUCAAAUCAGUGUUGCGAAGUCAAUGAUUGAUCAAAAAGUAAAAGAUGACACAGACAUUAGAAGAAGUCAGGAACAGUUAGAAAUUCGUAGAGAACCUCGCAUUCGUUCACCUACGAGUAGCAUUACAACCACACCGGUUGCUCGGGAAGUGCUUCCCCCAGCGGUCGAAAAGCUCAAAACGACUAGUUCUUCCGGUCAGCUAGAGGUUUUCGUGUCCGCAGUGGUUUCUCCUAGUCGUUUCUAUUUGCAAUUGAUUGGACCGCAAACUACAGACCUGGAUAUUCUAGUGGAAUCUAUGACAGAAUAUUACAAUCAGCAGGAAAAUCGCGAUCUACACCAGAUCCGUAAACCCUAUCUUGGUCAAAUUGUUGCAGCCGAAUUCAAUGCAGAUGGCAAAUGGUAUCGGGCGGAAAUAGUGGCCAUUCUACCAAAUGAGUUCAAGCCUGGAGAAAUCGUUCUCGAUUUGUCAUUUGUCGAUUAUGGUGAUAACCAGUACAUUCAGCCAUCUGAUGUGUAUGAGCUCCGCCCAGAUUUUUUGGCCCUCCGAUUCCAAGCGAUUGAGUGCUUCCUUGCCCAAGUGGAACCAAUCAAUGCAGUAACUGGUGAAGAUCAAUGGGAACCAUCAGCUAUAAGCCGUUUCGAAGAGCUCACACAUGCGGCCCAGUGGAAGAAGCUUCUUUCGCGUAUAUCAACUUACAAAAACAAGGGACAUCGUGGCACUCGUGAAGGUCGCGAAGGAUCGCCAAUUCCGGGGGUAGAACUGUACGACAUCACUCCGGACGGUGAUGUGAAUAUUGCUCUGGAACUCGUCAGUGAGGGUUAUGCCAAAAUGACAACGAACUUCGGUGAUCUAAAUCGAAGUCACGUUCUGCGACUUGAUGGAGGAUCGCGAACAUCCAGUUUUGAGAGACUUAAUGGUCAAUCUUCUGAGUCGACCACUGGCUCAAUCUCAUCUAUUGUUUCAACGAUUAAUAACAGCAGGAAAACAUUGCAACAAAGUGCCAAUGAAGAACCCAUCUCGACUGAUUCGUUGAGUCCUGGUUUUCUCAAACAUAAUACGACAAGUUUUACAGAGCUCGAAAGGCUUGAAAAUAAUAGUAAGAUCCAAACGGAACCACCAAGCAACGAAGAGAACCCAAAUCAAUCUUCUAAGGAAGAUACUACGAUUAAAAGCUUCUUACAAGCAGAAAAGACUAAUUCAAAUAAUGAUAGUUCGAAUACCGUUAUUAUCAAUAGUCAAAACAAUGGUACAGUUGAUAGUAAUGGUAUGCACUACGAUGAAGAUAAUGUGCUCGUAGAUGAAAAAACGAGACGAAACUUUGAUCUGAAACAGCCAGACAGCAUGUUGCUUCACAACUGAAAAGAAAAUAACGACCCAUCUCAUUUAAUAAGUAAUUGACUGGAGGCUGCAGAAAUAGGUAUUACGAUUUGGGACAGAUAAAGAAGAUGGAAUGUUUGUCCAUACUUAUUUAAUGAAAAAUAAGUGUUUUAGUACUUUAAUAUCUGAACAUAAUUUAGCCUUGAACAUAUACGUAUUAAAACAAUAGCAAUCGAAAAAUUCAGACAGAAAAGUCCUUUAUAAUUCUGUGCUGUUUGGCUUAGCCAAAAAGUUUCCAGAAAUGAGAUUUAUUUAUCAGUGAACAAAAUUUUAUUGCAAUAACGAAAUGUUAUAUUUUAAUAGCUAUUCAUGGAAAAUGUUAUCGAAGGAUUGAUCUCAGAUCAUCAUUGUAAUAAAUUGUAAAUAAAUUUGUACAACGUUGUAUCAGAAGAAAUAGACAAUCUUGCUGUUUUGGUGUCUCAGAACUAAGAACUAAGAA